CGCGUUGUUUGUAUGCAGAAUCCGAAGAAGAAGAAGCAGUAAUAAAUUUUUUGAAAACAAAAGUACAAACCACAGCGACUUUUUAGUGUUAAAUAAACUAUGGAAAACUCAAACAAGUUACAAAUUAUAUAUCCCGAUGAUGAGAACAAUUCGCCACAUCCACAUUGUCCACAUGGACCAACACUUUUGUUUCAAACACCUAACAACGUAAAUAAUGAAACCACAGGCUCUUAUUAUGCUUGUGCCGCGCACCGUGAUAAACGUUUGUGCAACUUUCAUUUAUCUGCUGAAGAUUUGACACCACAGAAAGUAGCAAAACGUUAUGAGCUAGAUCAAUUCACAAAUGUAUAUAAAGAGCAAAGACAAAAGUUUUUAGCAAAAAAGAACACUGUUGGUCGUCACUUUUGCCUGGGCUGCAAUGUGCCACUGUUACGCGAUGAGCACUUGGCACAUGCUGGUCAUGAGAUAGUUUGGAAUUUAACCGAUAAAUUUCUAAAUGAUCCAACGCGUUUCUUAUAUCCGCUUGAGGACGACAAGGUACAGGCGCAAUACUUUUUCGAUGAUAAAGCAUUAAAAUUCUUUGGAAAGUGUUUUGUGGAUUUGGGCGUGAAUAAAGUAAUCUGCAUGGGCGCGCCGCGUUUGCAUGCCUAUCUGCGGAAUGAACAUCCUGAAAUUCGGAGCUUCCUACUGGAUUUUGAUCAUCGUAUGUACUUUUUCUAUCAUGACUAUGAUUAUGCAUGGUAUAACAUGUGCAAUAACCACUUUUUCGACCAGGCGCAGCAUUUGCAGUUCGAAAAGUUUUUAAAGUGUGAGCCCAAUGAUAAACUGCUAAUAUUUACGGAUCCGCCUUUUGGUUGUCGCACUGAGCCUAUAGCGGGUACCUUACGACAGCUCACACGCGAAUAUAAUAAAAUAAACAAACUUCCUCAUACACCGUUGCCCAUAUUUUGGAUAUUUCCAUACUUUUCCGAGCAUUAUAUACAACAAGAAAUGCCGCAAAUGCACAUGUGUGACUACAAGGUGAAUUAUACCAAUCACAAAGAAUACACAGAUGUAGGUGAUAAAAGUCGAAAACUUGGUUCGCCGGUGCGUGUCUUUACCAAUAUACCAUUGGAAGUGUUGCACUUGCCCGUUGAAGAGGCAUAUAAAUACUGUGUUCAAUGUGAGCGUUACACUGCGUUGGAGAAUCGUCAUUGCAAUAAAUGUGGAAAGUGUCCGUCGAAGAAUGGCAGCACUUAUCGUCAUUGUGAGCUGUGUGGUUGUUGCGUUAAACCCAACUAUGUGCAUUGCAAAAAUUGUAGACGUUGUACACAAGCGGAAGAGCAUAAUUGUGAGAUGUAUCAAGCAAAUCAGCGUUGUUGGAUUUGUCAAGAGAAAGGGCAUACAGAAAUGAACUGCGAGGAAUGGCUCAACUAUUGUGGAGCUUCAAGAUUGGUGUAUGGACAGAAUGAUAAGGUCAUAACAUGUUUAAUAUGUAGAAAGAAAGGACAUAACGAACGAAAUUGCAAACAGCGCAGUAAAUAUCUGGAAGAGGUAACAUUUAUGGGUGUAACGGAUUUAAAAUUGAAGUAAAUUUAACCACUCAGUUAUUUAAGAAAGUCGCUUAUUUAAUUUUAACAAAGAAAAACUACUUUAUUUAAUACUUAUGCUUAAAUUUUUAUGUGUACAAUACAAUAACGCUAGUUUUUUAACAGUUAUACUUGAAAUCUAUGUUCUUUUUUAGCUAAUAAAAGUAACUAAGCUGUGUGCAGCUGUUAUAUCGAAUAACGAAAA